GUCGUUGGUUUGUUGUGAAAUUGUGCCGCGAACGUUUAGUCAAGAACCGGCGCCUUUCGGUCUGAAUGUAACAUACAUUUAUCAGUGGUUGUCUUCACGGGCAUCUUGUAGGACCGAGGAUGUCAGUCGAGGGAGACGAAACGAAGCAGCGUUUAAAGGCAGACGUCCACUACACGGUGGGGCGCUUGUGUCAGAAGGUUGGAGAAGAUUACCGGUGGAAGUUCACCCGCCAGGCGAUAGCCGCCAUCGCCGAGACGACCUUCAGGCAGUGCGAUGUACUUGCCAAAGACUUGGAGGCCUUUUCCAGGCACGCCAGCAGAAGAACUGUGUCUGUGGAAGAUGUGAAGCUGGCAGCUCGUCGCAGCACCGCUCUGUCGAUCUACAUACAAAACAAGAGCGAAGAAAUCAGCCAGGAGAAGAAAAACGUAAAAAAGCCUUCAGGUAAAAGGAAGAGCAAAGACAUGGAGGAGAGUGUGGAUUAGGGACUGUCUGAAUAAAACUAUCAGAGAAAGUGUCUGU